AUGGACAGCUCGAAGUUCAUCCAACUGCCACCCAAGGGGCAAGAUGCCCCUGCGGUUCUUUUCCGAAGCUCCUAUCAAUCCGGCGUCUUCUCCAUCUUCUACUCCAUUGGCAGGACGCCACUAUACCUGUGGUCAGCCUCAGUACGAAAUGGGCACAUCAGAAGGAUCACCGAUGAGGACAUUGGGUCGGCCGCCUUGGAAGUUGCCGGGAACAAUGUGAGCACCACAUCCGUCACCUGUCCGGAGCAGCCAAGACAGACCCUGGGAAUCAAGAUGCCCUUUCUGGUGCUGCUGGUGAAGAACCUGCGCAAGUACUUCUGCUUCGAAGUCGAGCUCCUGGACGACACAGGACAGAAGCGACGAUUCAAGACGAGUACCUUCAACUCAGGGACGAAGGUUGGACCAUUCAACUGCUCCAUGCCCCUUCGAUUGGACGACGGCUGGAACCAGGUGAUGUUCAACCUUGCAGACUUUACGCAACGCGCCUACGGCACCAACUACGUGGAGACUUGUCGCAUCACCAUCAACGCCAACUGCCGCCUUCGACGCGUCUUCUUCAUGGACAGGCUCUAUGCCAGUGAGGAGAUGACAACGAGGGAGGUGCACCUGCCAUGGUGGGGAAUCGUGGCCUUGAUCUUCCUCGCCGUGGAAUACGUCAAACAUGACUUUAUUCUGGAUGGGAGCAGUGCCUUGAAUUUCGCGGGGCAGCCCUCGGAGGUGUUUCCAGCGGCGAGAAGGUUGGAUGUGACGGGGUGGCUGAUGCCGAAGGACAUAUCAGCGACUCUUCCUUCACCACUGUCACCGCAACAGUUCCACCGCAACGCAGCCCAAGCACGUGAGGGGACCAACCUUACCUACGAUGAGGCUGAGACAAAGGAUACAGUGGACCCCUUCGUGGACCCAUACGUACCGCCAGCAACCCUUGAGAAGAAAACCCUCUCGGUGACCGUGCCAUGCUUGGACUUCUUCACGUACCAGUUGAUCGAGCCCUGUGGCAACUUGACCGUCCCGCCGGCCGGCAUCGACUUCCGCACCUUCUUCGGGCAGUAUCACUUGCCAGGUUCAGCGUACUUGGUGCAUUCUGUCAGGAACACCGAGAAAGAAUUGAGCCGGUAUACGGUUCUCUUCAUCAUCCUCGGCAUCGUAGGCUGGUCGUGCUACACCUUCUGCAUCCCCUCCAACCGCGAGAGGUUUGUGAACAAAGUCCGAACCAUCCUUUCUGGCCAGAUGAUGGAGGAGGAUGACGACGAGGAUGAGGAGAACCCCCUCCGCGAGAAGGAAUUGCAGGCUCGUCUGGACCCCAUGUCGCCCGAGUUCAUUGCCCCAGGCAACAUCUACCGCUUGCUGGCCGUUCUUCACCCGGGCAUCAUCGGAUGCACGGCCUGGCUCGGGUACGCCUGUCGGGCCUUGAUCGUGGCCUACAUGCAGUUUUGGCUGCCUUGGCAAAUCAUCUGCGACACGCUGAAGCGAUGGCGAUGGCUGGGGAUUAAGUCUCCCUUGUGGUUCUUGGCCAAUUGCGGCACCUUCUUUGCUAUGGUUACCGCUUUGGGUACGCUUUGCCAUAUGUUUGCGGAAAGGUGCGCCCGCCACAUCACUCGCGGUGCAGAGGCGAACAUGUACAUUCUCUCGCACGACAAUCCAAGCGAUGGCGACGGGCCAGGAAGCCAACGGUCGUCCAUGUCGUCACAAGCGUCUCAGCAGGCAAAGCUGGAAGGGCUUCGCCCUGCUUCGACCUUCGUACGCGUGGCCCGAGUGACCGGCUUGUCCGAGGAGGUCGAGCAUGUCUAUGACAGCUUAAAUCAAGGCCUCGGCAGCAUCAACGAGGGAGUCAGCUCGGCCUACAACACAUACAAGACCCUUGAAAGACCCGAGCUUUCAGGGAAAUCAGCUAACUUCAACGAGUACUUCUGGUGCAACGUGGCGAUGUUCUUGAACGUCGUGAUGUCCAUCCUGCUCGAGCUGGCCAUGUUUUUAAAGGUUGCCACCUUCACUGGCCGCUUUGACAACGUGGCGAUGACGGCGGUGUCCCUCUACUUCAUCUUUGACCUCGACGAUCGUGUCAUGGAGGCCGACCCUAAGUUGAAGCAGCGAUAUCGCAGGGCGGUUGCUGCACAAACGGUGCCAAAGGCGCCAGAGUUUCGACCGAGACUGAUUCCCAUUAUCUCCAACAUCUCCGCCGCCUUCGUGCAAGUCACCGUACCCAUGGGCCUCGUCGGCAUAGUGCUGAUCGCCUGGAGGAGGAAUGAGGAUGGCUUCGUCAUAGGCGGAGAUGGCCUAACACCAUUCUGA